CCUCGACGCUCGCCGUACCCGACUCCUCUCAAACGCGUGUGUCGUGUUUAUGACUUUAUAAAUGGCGCAUUUUGUCCUCUUUUCAUGAACUUUUUUUAACAGCCAUAUUAAUUUAUCCCUUUAAACGGUUCAUUCGGGGUUCCGAAAAGCGUCUGGGUGCUGUAAGCUAGCGGUGCCGAGGAGGAGGAACCAAAACAAGCAGGUUGUUUUUAAGGUGGUUUAGUGGAAUUUGGUGCGUUUUACCACUCGGGAGGGAGAUUCGCCAGCAUGUCGGCGGCGCAAAGCGAGUCGAAGAAGCGCAACAAGAGACGGUACGGCGGCGGCGGUCAGCCCAAGCGGUGGCGGGGCGCCCGGGAGCUGGACGUGGGCAUGACGGGGGUCCUCAUCACCUGCAACAUGAACCAGAAGAAGUGCACGGCCGAGGCCUACGACCUGCUCAACGAGUACGCGGACAAGCUGUACGGAGCCCAGGCGGAUAGUGAGGGCGGUGAAGAGUUGGAGGAGGAGGAGGAUGUGGACGACGCUCUCAAGAAAGAGGUUGCAAAGUUGCAGUCAACUAAACAGGAGCAGCGCUUCAUGGCCAUGGACAGUGGAGCCAACAACAUCAUCUUCAUCCGGACCCACAAUAUCGAAUCGGAUAAGCUGAUUCAUUACAUCUUCUCCGACCUUCACGGCACCAAGAAGAAGAAGACCCGUCACGUCCUUCGAAUGAUACCGGUGACAGGGACGUGCCGAGCCUACAUGGACGACAUUGUCAAGUUCAUGACGGAUUUUCUGCCGCCUUGGUUCUUGAAACCGAACCACGCCACGUACAAGAUCGCCUUCAAGGCCCGCAACAGCACCCACAGCAAGAGAGACGACGUCCUCAAAGCUGUCGCAGCUGUCGUGGGGAGACUGAACUCUGACAACAAGGUUAAUCUGACCAACCCAGAGCUGACCAUCAUCAUGGAGGUGAUCAAGAGCGUCUGCUGCGUCAGUGUGGUCAGAGAUUUCGUGGCGUUCAAGAAGUACAACAUCCAGGAGCUGGUCAAGGAGCCCACAGGCAAGUCGGACGCAGCGCCGGCCGAGGAAGCCACUGCAGAGCCGGGUAAAGAAGAGUCGGCUGCGGCCUCAGAGAAGAGGGACCAGGCAGUGCAGGAGUCGGAGGCGACGGCAGAAGAGAAGGUCGAGGAGCUGAAGGUGGAGAAUGGAAGCCAAAACGCCGGGGAGAAAGAGGAUGACAAAAAGCAUGAAGGAGAAUAGGAGAGAAAGUCUUUGAUGUUUUUUAAAUGUGGUCUUUAAACAGCUACAUCUCAGUUGAAAGUGUUCGUUGGAAAUAGUUUUUUUUUAAACCCAGAUCGCUUAAUUGUGUUUGGCUUUAAUUCCCAGCUUUAUUUUGUAUUAAAUGUUUUUUGGAAGACUCAUCUCAUGCCGCUGUUUAUUAAAGCUGAUUCUGCGGUGACUGGUUUUGUGUCAAAACUGCUGUUUGCUGAAAUUGUUAUUGCCAGACUUCAUUAUAAAAUAUUUUCCAACAGUG